UACCAACCCAUUCCUAGCCAUAAAAUCUGAGAUAUAAAGACUAUUAUUUCAAUCUCUAAAUUUGCUAGAGCGAUAUGGCUGGUUUCUCUGGACAUUGGGCUCUUGCAUUUGGACUACUUGGCAAUAUUGUCUCGUUCAUGGUGUUUCUCGCUCCAAUACCAACUUUUUAUCAAAUUUACAAGAAAAAAUCAAGUGAAGGAUUUCAAUCGAUUCCAUACGUGGUUGCUUUGUUCAGUGCAAUGCUUUGGAUAUAUUACGCACUUCUCAAAUGCAACGCUACUUUCAUAAUCACCAUUAAUUCAGUUGGCUGUAUCAUCGAGACAUUUUACAUUAUCUUCUAUUUCUAUUACGCCUCAAAGAAUUCCAAGCUAACCACGAUGAAGCUACUCGGCUUGAUUGUUGUUUGUGGGAUGGGAAUAUUUUGCGUCACUCACUUCCUAAUGAAGCCUUCGCAAGGCGUCGUCGUUGUCGGAUGGAUUUGUCUCGUCUUCUCCUUGUGCGUGUUCGUCGCGCCUCUAUGCAUUUUGAGGCAAGUGAUACGAACCAAGAACGUGGAUCAUAUGCCGUUUCUUCUCUCAUUUUUUCUUACAAUUAGUGCAGUCAUGUGGUUUUUCUAUGGCCUUUUGCUAAAAGAUUUUAACAUUGCGAUCCCAAACGUACUCGGAUUCAUCUUCGGUUUGCUUCAAAUGGCGCUCUACGCGAGGUACAGAAGCGUAGACAAAGCCAUAUUGGAGCAGAAGCUUCCAGAAACUCGAAAGCAAAUCAGUGUUGUAAAGGAAGAUAUGAUGAAGAACCCUAAUCACACAGUCAUUGAAGUUUUCAAGCUAAGCACACUUCUGAGUUCGGACAAGAACAUUAAUGGAGUCGAAGCAGCGCCGCAAACUCAAGCUUGAUCGGAAUUUUUAUUGAUUUGCAUGGCAUCCAACUGCAUGUGAUUAUCUAAUUAAUUUAAUUAUGCUUUUAAUUAACUUUGGCUUUUAAUGUGUAUUAAUAAUAUAUUUGUUGUUGGAAGAUGAUGUAACGUGGGAGACUCGUCACGUCUCUUGUUUCUCAAUAUGUUGGAAAGAAAUUUGGAUGCCUUUUUUUUAAUAUAUAUAUAAUUAUUUAUAGAA